AUGGCAUGUUCAAAGUUAUUUUCAGGAGAUUUACCUGAAUUAAUAGACAAAGUUAUACAAUAUUUUCGUUAUGACUAUAAAACAUUACGUUCAUGUAUAUUAAUUAAUAGAUUAUGGUGUCGUUUAGCAAUCCCAUUAUUAUGGGAAGAUCCAUUUUCAAUUAAAUUUCCUAAAAAUUAUCAAUUUAUUGAAAUUUAUUUACGUAAUUUAAAUGAUGAUUAUAAAACAAAAUUAAAUGAAUAUAAUAAAGUAAGAUAUAACAAUUUAAAUAAAUAA